GUGUCUCGCUUUGGGGUAAAAAUAAAAAUGGCCGAAGAACUCAUCCUGCACAGGGAAUGAAGUCAUGGCCAGUGAUGCAAGUGAUGGCAUUCGUCUACACUCGUUUCAAGAUGUGAACAACUUCACUAAGAUACCGCAAGAAGCAAUAUUAGGCAACAGCAGAAGUGUUGCAGAGUUUGAAAAAUUGAAUCGAAUCGGCGAAGGGACAUAUGGAGUUGUAUAUCGCGCAAGAGACACAGUCAGUGGAGAAAUUGUUGCUUUGAAAAAAGUAAGAAUGGACAAAGAGAAAGAUGGUCUACCUAUUAGUAGUCUUCGAGAAAUAAACUUGUUGCUACAGAUAUCAGACGUGAAUGUCGUAAAAUUAUUUGAGAUUGCAGUUGGUCGGAAAUUAGAUAAUGUUUUUCUCGUAAUGGAAUAUUGCCAUCAAGAUCUGGCUAGUCUCCUUGACAAUAUGACAACACCAUUUUCAGAAUCACAGAUUAAAUGUUUGAUGCUGCAGCUACUGAAAGGUGUAGAACAUUUGCACUUUAGAUAUAUAAUCCACAGAGACCUGAAGGUGUCAAAUUUGCUCCUGACUAACAAAGGAAUUUUAAAAAUUGCUGAUUUUGGACUAGCUAGAAAAUUUGGCUACCCUUCUAAACAGAUGACUCCAGUUGUUGUAACACUAUGGUACCGUGCACCUGAGCUCCUUCUUGGUUCCAGAAUCCAGACACCUGCAAUAGACAUGUGGGCUGUUGGCUGUAUAUUUGGUGAGCUUUUGUCACACAAGCCUUUGCUUCCUGGAAAGUCAGAACUUAAUCAGCUCCAAUUGAUCAUUGAUUUGCUUGGAACGCCAAAUGAUAAAAUAUGGCCAGGAUUUUCAGAGUUACCAGGCCCUAAAAACUUCACUUUCAAGCAUCAGCCAUACAAUAAUCUAAGGCAUAAAUUUACUUGGCUGUCUGACCCUGGAAUUACACUCCUUCAGCAGAUGUUCACUUACGACCCAAAGAGAAGAAUACCUGCAAAAACAUCAAUGAAAAGCUCCUACUUCAAAGAAAAGCCCUUGCCGGUAGAUCCUGGCUUGAUGCCCACAUUCCCUGAACAUAGAAACUUUAAGGAACUUCAGACUGAUUUUGCAAGUCUUCAAAAAACCAAGACUAUCAGUGUGAAACGCCGUAACGAAGAAACAACUGCAAGUUUUAUUGGAAGUGAAGAGAUACAAAGCCUUCUCAAAAAACGGAGAUAGUACUAUUUGUCAAAAUGCAAUAGACGUUGUUAAUUGUUGUUAUAAUUCUAAGUUUUUUGAAUCAAAUAAUCACAAAAAAUGAAGAA